AUAAAUCUCAGCUUAGUUUGAGUUUAAAGAACAGUUUAAUCAGAGUCUACUCUGAGGAAACAUGGGGAGAGCUGUGGUGCAGCUCGCUUUCUUUGGACUGCUGCUGGCUUUGGCUGCUUCACAAUCAAAUAAGGACAACUGGGACAUUUACAGCUUUCACAUCAAUUCCACUGUCACUGGCCGAUAUGCCACCACCAUCAUCACAAGCCGUGUGGCCAACCGUAUGGAGGAGUCCAAAGAAAUUGAAUUUCAUGUUCAGAUUCCCAAGAAUGCCUUCAUCAGUAAAUUCAGAAUGUUUAUAGAUGGUCAGGUUUAUGAUGGAGUUGUAAAAACGAAGGAGCAGGCUCAGCAGCAAUACACGGAGGCUGUGUCUCGUGGUGAAAGUGCAGGCAUUGUCAGCUCUGUAGGGAGGACCAUGGAAGAAUUUAAAACGUCUGUAACUGUGGCGGCUCACAAAAAGGUCACCUUUGAGCUCACUUAUGAGGAACUACUGAAACGCACACUUGGAAAAUACGAGCUGCUGAUCCAUGCUCGACCCAUGCAGCCUGUCAAAGACUUCAAAGUUGAUGUGUAUGUGUAUGAAAAAGCUGGGAUAAGUUUCAUUGAUGUGAAAGGAGGACUGAGCACUAAAGCCCUGGCUAAUGCCAUCACCAAAACACAUGCAGACAACAAGGCCUGGGUGUAUUUCUAUCCAACUGUUGACCAGCAGAAAAUUUGUGACAGUUGUGGAGAACAAGGUAUGAAUGGAGAUCUGGUUAUUGUUUAUGAUGUCAACAGAGAUGCUGGAUUGGGAGACAUCAAGACAUCAGAUGGCUAUUUUGUUCAUCACUUUGCUCCAUCGAAUCUUCCUCGAAUACCAAAAAACAUUGUUUUUAUUAUUGACCAAAGUGGCUCGAUGCACGGCAGAAAAAUGGAACAGACUCGAAUUGCUUUGAUCCAUAUUUUGAAUGAUCUGGCUGAAGAUGACUUCUUUGGUGUUUUAACGUUUGAUAGCCACAUUUUCCACUGGAAACGCGAGCUUGUUCAGGCCACCAGUGUCAAUUUGGAAAGCGCUAAGGAAUUUGCAAAGAAUAUAAUAGACAGAGGAGCUACAGAUAUUAAUGAAGCAGUGCUGGAAGGAGCACGCAUGCUGAAUGCACACCCCCGAGAAGGUUCAGCAUCUAUCCUGAUCCUUCUCACAGAUGGAGACCCAACCUCAGGGGUGAUGAACGUUGAGGUCAUACGGUCAAAUGUAAGACGGGCCAUUGCAGGAAAGUUCCCACUCUACUGUCUUGGUUUUGGGUUUGAUGUCAAGUUUGAGUUCCUUGAGAAAAUGUCACUGGAGAACAAUGGUGUGGCGAGACGGAUUUAUGAAGACUCUGAUGCUGAUUUACAGCUGACGGGUUUCUAUGAUGAAGUGGCCAUUCCUCUAUUGACAGAUGUGACAAUGAUCUACAUGGGAGGAACCAACCUGACCCAAACUAAUUUCAGUCAGUAUUAUAAUGGCUCUGAGAUUGUGGUGGCCGGUGAGAUAAUCGACAAUAACAUUGAAACCUUCAGUCCUCAAGUUGUGGCCAUUUCAAAUAGUAGAAAAAUGAAAUUUUCUAACACCGGCACCCCUGUGGAGCCCUCUGCUGAAACAGUGACUGAAGGUCUCCUUCAGAGGGUUUGGGCCUACCUCACAGUUAAGCAGCUUCUGGAUAAAGAGUUGCUGUUUUCUGGACCUGAGAAAGAAAACGUGAGGAAAGAGGUUUUGGAGCUGUCUCUGAAGUACAACUUUGUGACCCCACUCACAUCCAUGGUGGUCACCAAGCCUGAAGGGGAGAACACACAAGUCCUUCACAAACCAAAGGAGGGGGAAGCUGAAGGAUCCAGAGCUCAUGUAUUUUCUGGUCAGGCCACGGGUGGUUCAUCACAUGGAGGUUUCCAUCAACAAGCAAAUACAUUUUCAAAGCAGCUUGUUCCUGGCCCUCCUGCCAACCCUGGUAUUCCAAGUCGUGCACGUCGUCCUUCUCAUCCUGGUCGUCAUCUGCAUCGUCUAAAUGAUCGUCUAAAUGCAAAAGAUAUUGUGCAUUCCCACGACAAAGCCCGGUCUGAAGAUGAUUCUGUUCUUGUGAUGGCAACAUCUGCUCCUGUUUCCCACAGACUUUUACUGAAAGCGGAGAAUCAGUCUCAGCCGUUGUGCUUUGACGUCACAGGAGCUGCCAUUCUGAAACUUUUUCACCAUCCCAGCAGGGAGGUUUAUAUGAACGGUGAGCUGGAUUCAGUAACAAAUGGAGGCUUUAAAAUGAUUGUCAUCCAUGUUGGACGUGACCAACAUGUUGAGGUUGACACGGAGGGAGUCACUCUUCGAGAUGGACAGUCUACAACACGCCACACAGGACUGGAUCCCAUCACAGCUGGAAGUGUGACGGUGAUCAAGAGAGACAAAGAAAUAGACGUUGCUGCUGAAGACGUGCGGGUGAUCAUUUUAGUCCAUGAGAAGGACGGUGAGAAAUUCCUUUGGCCAGUUUUAAGACAGAGACCAUCUGCAAGCAACACUGAAGGAGUUUUAGCUUUAAAGACUGAAUAUGAGGAGAAACCGGGACGUCGCAAAGGAAGACUGCAAAUUGAAAACCGUGUGAUUAAAGCUAGCAGCUCCUUUGCUGAUGACUACAGUAUUUCCCCUCCUAUGGCAUCCCCCUGCUGGCUCGUUUCACCUGGUCAAGCUCUGCAGAGACCCCUGCAAGAUUUUCACACUGCACAAAUUUAACAAAUGGCCUUGGUUGAAAUGUUU